AAAAGCAAUAAAAAGAACAUUUUUAACAGCUUUUGAGGCCAGCGAGGACUUAAAUUAUGCAAACAGUUAAAGUUGAACAGCGACUAAAGCUGUGUGGUACCAAGCACUGUGCAGACUGGUGAUGGACAGAGAAGAUGAAAGGGGAGGGACAUGUCUGAAGAAGAACGUGGGAAGAAAGACUCAAACAGCAAAGAAAAAUGUUGCUGAGGACUUUACCUUGAAGCUCUGGGGAAGAGGGUGUACAUUUGGUGAGGAGGGCGAGGAGCAGGAGGAGGAGGAGGCAGGGGCUGGAAUUUUUGCGCUCAGAAGCAAGACGGAAGAAGAGGAGAAGGAGGAGGAGGAGGGAGAGGCUGAAUCACAGCGACAGCUGGAGUUUGUGAGAGGCAGUGGGCUUUUCCGGAGAAUGAAUGAUGAGGGAGAACAGCUCCACUUUCUCGUGCACCGGAGGGUUUUUAACUGGAUUUAAGUUCCACUAAGUCUGCAUUUUCAAACUGGAUUGUGUUUUUGUGUGUAAACUCCGGCUGACCAGUGGCUCUGUGGCCAUGCAGCUCCUAGAGGAACCACGCCUGAGGUCCAGCUGCAGGCAAGACGGCCGCCUGUCAUCGUCUCUCAAGGUCCAUUUCCCAGUCUGAACAUGGUUUCCUGAUAAGCAGAACCAACAAAUCCUCAUCAUCGCAAGCAGACAUUUAUCUCCGACCAUGGCUGCCCUGUGUCCCAAUGUCAGCGUCUUCGGGAGCACCACAGGUCUGUUGAUCACCACCGACCAUCCCUUCAACCUGACCGCAGGUGUUGAUGGGGAGGGGUGGUCGCUGCCCCCCCUCUGCACCCCCUGCUGCUGUGGCGUCCUCAACCGCACCCUGGCUGUGGCCUUCAUGGUCCUCCUGGCGUUUGCCAUCGUGGUUGGAAACGUGGUCACACUCACGGUCUUUGUGCAAACCAGGCAGUCGAGAACACCACAGGGAUAUUUGAAAGUUUCUCUGGCCAUAGCCGACAUGAUGGUGGGUGUCCUCGUGGUUCCAUUCUCUGUCUACACGGAGAUCUCUCUGAUGGUGACCAGCGCUCCUCCCCUCUGGUACCACGGCAAUCCUACUUCUCCGGCUGCUCUCUCCUCGCUCGGUGGGCCGGUGGGCCCCUGGCAGCCCUGCAUGCUGAUUGGCCCCGUGUUUGCCGGCUGCACCUUUGUCUCCAUCAGCACCAUCUUCCUGAUGACCCUGGAGCGCAGCGUGGCCAUUCUGUGGCCGCUCCACAAGGACGCGUUGGUGACCCGCAGACGAACGCUGCUCCUCAUCCUCCUCUCGUGGGCUGCCAGCUUCCUGUUGGCUCUUGCUCCUCUCAUCUUCAGUGGAAACUUCACUCUGGAGUACAAUGAAUGCAGUCGUAUGUGCAACUACAGCCCACUCCUGUUUGGGGGCCGCCUGCCCCCCGACGCCAACAUCCUCCUCGUCUUCCCUGCGUUUGACUUCACCCUCCUGGGGGGCACGUUAGCAGUUAACAUUGUGUCCUUCACCAGCAUUCGGCUGUACACGAGAAAGCGCAAACUGCUCUCAGAAGGAAGUCUGAGUGACGCUGGGGGAGGAGGGGGCGGCUGCCUUCACAGGCCUUCCUUUUCGGACAUCAAGGCUGCAAAGACAAUCGGCAUCUUGACAUUCGCCUUCACGGCGUCCUUCUCUCCCAUCGCGGUGUUCGUGCUGGGAAACGUGGUGGGAAACACCUGGUGUAACUUCUCCUUCUUUGCCUUCUGGAUUCUGACGGGAAACAGUUGCUGUAAUGUCAUCAUCUACAGUGUUCGAGAUCACCGCUUCAGGAAAGGCGUGACCCUGCUCUUUCAAAGGGAACGCUCCCCUCCUCACGCUGAGAAGACCUGAGAGACACUUUUUUUCAUUGUGAUAAAAACAUUUUAUAUAAAUGUGGCCAAACGUUUUACCUGUUUAAGGUAUUUUUGUCCACUUGAAUCACUCCCCACCUAUAUUUUCUCACAAAGACCAGCCUAAAAGAUAAGAGUAAAAUGGAAAUACAGCUCUAAAUGCCAUUAUCAUGACUUACAUAUGCCCCUUGAGGAACUGUGACGAUGACAAAAGAAGAUUAGAUGUGGUAAAGAUGAGAUCAAAAAUACAGAGAUGAAUGUCAAAUUUACAGGACAGUAAUUGCACAACAUUCUCAAAUAUUUAAAAAAUAAGUGAAAAUAUUUGAUUCUAUGGUAAUUAAUAUAUAUAUUUAGUUUUUUUGACUGACAGCAUAAAAAUAUUCUGUUUUGACUCAACAGUGCAAAAUUCUGACAUUUGUAUAAUAGGCUCAUAUCCAUCUGCUAAAAGCAGGAUUUUAUCACAAUUUGUCUUGAAACUUAUUCAAAGAAAAAAGUGGGAAUUGCUGCACUUUAAGCUGUUCUAGGAUUUACAAAUAAAUCAAAAAUCCUGAUCGCCCCGAAUAACAGAAAAAAAACUGGUUCUGUGAAUGCCAGCUUUAGAUUGACAAUAAAGUGAGUGUAAAUUAUUGUUAAAGAAUUUGAUUUUUGUUCAAUAGUUUUAACCCUCUACAUAACUCUCUUUUUGAAGACAACUGUUAUCAAGGAUCUAAUUCUUUAAAAAACAAACAAGACCUACUUGAAAUGAAAUCUGUGAUUUAUGCAUUAAAUAAAAGGUGGGAAAUGUGGUUCGUCUCCUGACAGUUUGUACAGCGUCAGGUUUUUCUUAUACUACAUCAAAUCAGCCACAGAGCUGUUAUGACAGUAGAAGAAAGACGUCAAACAUACAGAAUACAAACCGAUUCACAGCAUGUCUUCUAUGAUAAAAAGAUGUCUUCUGCUAUCAACACAAACCAAAUUCCUCCUUGUGGACAUGUCCAAAAAUCGCCGAAAAAGUCUAUAAGCAAGAAAUGGCGUGCGGGUUACAUGGUCAAUGGCGUAAAGCCGGUUCCAUGAUGGGUUUUGUGUACGUGUCUUCUCAGGAGACUUCAGUGUUUAAAGACCUUCUUUGACAAGAAGUUAUAUUUUGACUCAUUUACAGUUCAUCUGUUCCUGUGUCAGGAAAAUGAUCGCUGUCAUCACGUCUGCAACUGCAUAACUAUGUUGUUGUGUCAAGUGACAAAAUUGAUUCAUUUAAACAUACAAACUGAAAUAAAUCUGUUAAAAACAAGCAGAAUACAAGUUUAAGGGCAUUCACAUUUAUUUUUGCUUCCACCAACUACAAUACAGGAACUGUUUGUCCUGGACCAAACAUGGUGUCAUAGGGUGUUAGGAAAAAGGGCUGUGAUGUUAACAGACUACAUGUCCUUGCAGCUGCUCUGCAGUCUCGAUGCUUCCUCCUUUGACAGCCUUUUUUUUUGCAGCGGUGCAGCAGAAGGAGUUUCAGAAGCACCUCUCUAUUUCCAGACGUCAGGUUUUUUUGUUUUCUUAUCAUCUCAUGUCAACAGCUGAGACUUUAACUUUUUUUAACUCUCAUAAUAAUCUGCCUCAAGAAUCAUAGAUGCACUUUACUAGUUAGUAUGUGUCAAACAGCUUUAUGAUUUUACACCAGAUUUCAUGCAUUAUUAUUAAGUGAAUGAACUGAUGGAGCAAAUCCUCAAAAAAACUCUGCAUUUUAUUUUACAGGAUCAUCUGCAACCUAGAAAGAUCUUGUGUCAGCUUUAAAUCUUUUUUUUUUCUUACAAUUAAAUUAACUGGCAAUAGAUUGAAACAAGCUUGAAACCUAUUCAAAAUACUAAACCCUUUUAAGUAAUAAAAACUAGAAAAAAACAGAAUUUCUAAUUCAUUUUCACAAGUAAAAGUAAAUAUGUUGGUUAAUCAUACAUUUAUUUUAUUUUGAAAUGACUUUCUGAGAUGGAUCACAAAGAUAAUGUUUUGAAGCUUGGGCAAUAUGCAGUUUGAUUAACCUACAGGCAUAGAAUAUUUAAAUACACCUAAAGGUUUUUAGGCACUUUUUAAAGA